AUGUAUUCUCCUAAGCCUGUCAUUGAGGCUGACAGGUCACUAGCCCCUGCUUUGCUACCUAUGGGAAUUCCUGCGUCGUGAAAAGUGAUGCAUUCAACAAUACGACGCUUGCCCGAAGACUCUAUCCUCCGCCAAGCGGCUAACGAUAUCUUUCUCAUCCUCCUCCUCGACCCUUACCUUAUAGAUCCGCAUCCAGGCUUCUCAUGCGACGGCCAACCAAGUUGUAGAUCAGGAUCCGCUUGCGCGCAUUUGAGCUUAUGUCGCCUCGGACCCACAUCUGGAAGGAACAACUUUGCCGCUGCUCAGGCUGAUCCGCUAACGAGUCCUUGGGAAAAGGAGUUGCAGCCAGAGCCGAAAUCUUGCCUUGGCGUAGGCCUUUGUUCUUGGUGCUCUCCUUGGAAUUAGUGCCUAAAUGGGCCUUUCCCGCUGAGUCUGAACGUAGUCGGCUCAGAAGUAUGUGUGAUUAACGCCCGAGAAGCAGAAGAUCAAGGCAUCAAGGGCAAAAGAGCAGAGCGGAGAGCAAAAGUAAAGAAGCUUGGUGCCACAGAUGGAAACUCUUUGAAAAGGCCGGCAGAAGCGAAACCAUGACAGAGUAAAAGAACUAG